GGACGGCGGACGAAUCUCCAUUCUAGACAAGAAGGUGGAUCGCGUGUGUCCAGAUUGACAGUGGAACGCCGCCUCGGCGUCUCAAUGCAGUGCGCCGCAUUAUGUGAUUUUUAAGGCAAAGUUGACACGAGUGUCCUUUCUUUUUCUUUCUUUUUUUUGCUCAUCCGAGGCUGCUACUAAAGGAUAGAUAAAAGUGCAGUUUGCUGCGGAUGCGUGCCGCUCGCCUUUUUCCCUUCCACUCCCUGUAUUAGCACUCCCAAUUAGCAGACCGUGUCACAAUGCGUCUCCCCAGCUAUCGCUCUUCCUACGUUCUUCGAUAUCAUCCUUACCCCACCAGAUCCCGCCCUACUACGAGGAGCUCAAUGGACGCUUUUGAUGAUAUGUUCCCAAAUGAUAUGGAAUUUUCCCCUGAUAUCGACAGCUUUACCUAUGGUAGUGAAGUAACAAGGACACCUAUCAUUCCAGCGGUCGAAGGACGCGAGCCUGACGAUGCCAUUUCAAAGCUAGAUUUGGCGCUCUACCCGGGCCCAGCUUCGCAAUCCGAGGCAAUAGCCAGGCCAGGUAACUUGCGCCGACGUAUCAGCUUUUCAGAUAUCGUCAUUGACCUGGCGUUCUUCGUAAUUCACAAAAUAUUGCCUCUGAGGUCCUAGGUGCAUGAGAUAUAUGCCGCAGUGCGUUUUUCUUGACAGAAUGAUGCUCGUUUCAUUCAAGUUUCGUUUUCCUCUCUGCUUUCUGGCUGCAUAGAACAUGGUUGUCCCAUGGCUCUGAUACAGCUUUGCUGAUGCUUUCAUGAUUCAGACCAGCUUUAUAUUAGUAAACUAGCAUAUCUGUUUUGGUUGCUAUCGAUUU